UUCUUCAUGAUAUAAAGCACCUCUCUGCGUAAUAAAGGGAGUCACAGCCAUAGAUAUUUCUCCAUGGCGCAAAUUAUUGACGGGAAGGCCAUUGCCCAAUCCAUUCACAGCGAGAUCGCAAAAGAUGUCUCAGACCUCAUCACCAACCAUGCCCAGGUUCCUGGAUUAGCAGUUGUCAUUGUGGGUGAAAGGAAAGAUUCCCAGGUUUAUGUGCGCAUGAAGAGAAAGGCAUGUGCAGAGGUUGGUAUAAAAUCCAUUGAUAUUGACUUACCAGGAGAUGCAUCAGAAAAGAUGGUGCUCGAGACAGUUCUUAAUCUAAACGCUAAUCCUCAAGUACAUGGUAUAUUGGUGCAACUUCCAUUACCAUCUCACAUCAAUGAAGAGAGAAUACUGACUGCCAUAAGCAUGGAAAAGGAUGUAGAUGGAUUUCAUCCUCUCAACAUUGGAAAACUUGCAAUGAAGGGGAGGGAGCCUAUGUUUGUUCCUUGUACACCAAAGGGAUGCAUAGAAUUAUUACAGAGGAGUGGGAUCUCCGUAUCAGGGAAAAGAGCAGUUGUGGUUGGAAGGAGUAACAUAGUAGGGUUGCCUGUUGCAUUGCUUCUGAUCAAACUAGAUGCAACUGUAUCUAUUGUGCAUACUCGAACUCCAGAUCCAAAGAACAUCAUACGUGAGGCAGAUAUUAUCAUAGCCGCUGCGGGACAGGCAAACAUGAUCAAAGCAGACUGGAUCAAGCCAGGGGCUGCUGUUAUUGACGUGGGGACAAAUGCAGUUGAUGACCCAAGCAGAAAAUCAGGUUACAGAUUAGUUGGUGAUGUUGCUUUUGAGGAGGCAAAAAGUGUUGCAGGAUGGAUCUCUCCAGUACCAGGAGGUGUUGGACCAAUGACUAUUGCAAUGCUUCUUAGAAAUACAGUAGAUAGUGCAAAGCGGGCUUGUGUAGAAAUGUGGUGUUGAAGGAUCACUGCACACUUAUGAUAUAUAGGCUAAUACCAUUUCUCUUCAUAAUUUUAAUGAAGUUCCGAUAAAGAGCUUUAUUCAAACAUGGCACGAGCACUUUUCCGUAGAAGAGAUUUAAUCAAGCAUUGCAAAACCAAAUUUCAUUAAUGAUCUUUGACUUAUUGUUUAGCUGCUUACAAUUACCAUCUAAUAUCCUACAGAGAGUACCGGACUAAACUGGAAAUUAGUGACACUUUGUAUUAAUAUUUAUUCAACUAAUAAGCAUGCAAAUUAAUUUAUGGUA